AAUAAAAGUAUCAUAUUCUGAAUCACGAUCAACAGCUGAGUCGACUAAUGUACAUUUCUAUACUACCUGACUACUUUAAUUUUUCUAAAUUUCGCGUUGAAAAAUUACUGAGAUUUUCACCCAAAACUGAAAACCAACCAAAAAUUUCGAAAUACACAUUAAUCAACUCAGUUUUUGAUCAUGAUUCAGAAUAUGAUACUUUUAUUGCAUAAAAGUUGAAUUCUAAUGGAGAAAAUUCCAAAUUAGGAUUCUGACUUUUUUGCCUGUGAGUUAGAAAAAAUGACUUUUCUCAGCAAUGAAAAGGAAUUUUUACAAAAGCGAUACGUACUUUUGUUACCCGUGAAAAGGCGAAUCGAAUAGUAUUCAUCGAAAUGUGGCUCUAUCUUUCGCCAGAGAAAACUAGAUAGCUUUAUGAAAUAAGUUGACGCUCUUCAAGGGAUCCUCAACUCUGAAAUUUUUAUUGGCCAUGUCGAGGCUUAGUUUUAUACACUGAAUAGGAAAAAGUAAGUUUGGUAGCGUCAGAAUGGAGCUGAACCAAAAUAUUCAAAGUUUUCUUACUAAAACGGUUUUACGAACUUUAAGAUCCUUCCAGUAUUUUCAAAUUUUUACCGUGAUAAAUCGUCUGUUCCGAACUAAAAUCUAGUUAUUCUUGAUCAGCUCUGUCGAAUGAUGUAUAAAUAGGACGUAAUAAAAAUAGUGCUCCAAUUUUGAAUUACGCAUGCCUUAAUAGAAAAGCACACACUUUAUUUUUAGAAAUAAAGAGAAAUUUCGUGUUUAUGUUGUAUUACCAUUAUUGCCUGGCUUCUCUACUCAAAAGGCUGUCGAAGCGGUAUUGUAUUUUACAAUGAGAUCGAUAUCAAAAGGAGAGAACUCUCUGUGUAGUAGAUUAGAACGGGCGGGUGUUAAAGUAGACGAUUAUAUAACAUUUUAUGGAAUGCGUGGCAACGAUAUUCUCAUGGGAAAACUGGUUACGGAAAUCAUUUAUGUUCAUUCAAAACUGAUGAUUAUUGAUGAUCUCUGGUGUAUAUGUGGUUCUGCCAAUAUUAACGAUCGAUCAUUGGUUGGUACACGAGAUAGCGAAAUAGCCAUUGUUAUUCAGGAUAUUGAUUUCGAGCAAGGUAUUCAACAUGAAAAUCCGGAAAAUAUUGAUAUUACUGAUCCUGUAUCAGAUAAAUUUUAUACAUUCUUUCGUGAAACAGCGCAUAAGAACACACUUAUCUACGAGGAGGUAUUUGCAACGGUACCAAGUGAUCGCAUCCGAGAUUUGAUCAAAGAUGAAAACUAUAGGACUGCACCAAAACUUGUUGAUACCGAUCCGGAGAGAGCUCAUGCACGAUUGAAAGAAAUCAGAGGCUUAGUUGUGGACAUUCCUUUGUAUUUUCGUCAUGACGAAAAUUAUAUGCCAUCGGCGACAACGAAGGAAGGCAUGGUCCCAGACAUUAUAUGGACAUGA